GCAUGUUUCCUCUGAAGUAAGGCCUCUAAUUCAACAGGGCUUGUUCCCAGGCGAGCAAGCUCACGAGACCACCACCUUACUUGGGGGCGCUAAGCCCCAUUUCACCAGGGCUCACCUUGUUCACCCUUACCUGGCAGGCAGAGUCCCACUGAAGUGCGCUGGACUUAGCCUAAGUAAACUUAUUGUACAGGAUCAGGCAAGGCUGCCGGCGAGGGCAAGGAAGAGCGCGGCCUCCUCGCUCGAUCCCGUGGGCUGUUGACCCUCCUCAACGCGGCAAUGGGGUUUAUUUACUCCCUGCGGGCUUCCCCGUGCGUAGGAUCGGGCUACGUGGAGGCAGCUUUAAACCCGCGCAAUGGGACUUGCGCCCAGAUGACCGACAUAGGCAGAGAAAGAAAAAAAAACCACCCACACACCAAUCAGCUGUUUCCCCCCCCUGUGGUCAUGACGGCUUCUUCUCUGCACAGUGACUGUCUGGUGGUCUUGUUUGGGGCAACAGCUGGUGCAUAUAGGGCUAAGCUGGGUUCCGAUGAAAGGGAACUAAUUCUCUUGGUGUGGCAAGUUGUGGAUCUUCACAGCAAGAAGGUAGGGACGCUACACAAAUGCUUGGUGAAGGCCGACAACUUGGAGCUGAGUGACCAAUGUCGAGAGGUGACAGGCUUAACCUCUGAAGGCCUGAGCAAAGCUGAGCCCCUCGACCGAGUUCUCCAACAGUUCAGUCAACUGGUAUCCAGCGAUCUAAAGGCUCUGGGAAGGAACACGUACACAUUCUGCACAGAUGGCCAGCUACUCAUUCGGCAGGUCCUUCAUCCAGAGGCCUCGAAAAAGAAUCUCCUGCUGUCUGACUGCUUUUAUUCAUUUUUUGAUCUGCGCAAAGAAUUUCAUGACUGCUACUCUAAUGUGGCCCCCGUGAAGGACCAAACUAUCCAGUCUAUGGCUGAAUAUAUAGGCUUUAGGAUAGAUGAAACAGAGGAGGAUUUUGGAGUAUGGCAAGUGAAAGCCAUGGUGGCCGUUAUUUUCAACAUGCUUCCGGAUACGUGUGAUGACAGAUUUACUGUCCCUGAAACUGUGAAAUACAAAUACGAAACUGGACCCUGUAGUAAAUCGGAAGCUGUGGAUAGCGAAACAGUAAUACGUGCUCGAGGACUCCCUUGGCAAUCUUCCGACCAGGACAUUGCACGGUUUUUCAAAGGCCUUAAUAUUGCCAAAGGUGGCGUGGCCCUCUGCCUGAAUGCCCAAGGAAGGCGGAAUGGAGAGGCCCUGGUGCGGUUUGUCAACUCUGAGCAGAGAGAUUUGGCUCUGGAACGGCACAAACACCAUAUGGGGAGCAGAUACAUUGAGGUUUACAAAGCAACUGGAGAGGAGUUUCUAAAGAUUGCUGGAGGUACCUCCCAUGAAGUAGCUCAGUUCCUCUCCAAGGAGAACCAAGUCAUCAUCCGGAUGAGGGGCCUUCCUUUCACAGCGACCCCUGAGGACGUCCUGGGGUUCCUCGGACCCGAGUGUCCUGUCACUGGAGGGAAGGAAGGGCUUCUCUUUGUCAAGUAUCCAGAUGGCCGACCUACAGGAGAUGCUUUUGUCUUGUUUGCCUGUGAAGAUUAUGCGCAAAAUGCACUUAAGAAACACAAAGAGAUCCUUGGGAAGCGCUACAUCGAGCUCUUCAGAAGCACAGCGGCAGAAGUUCAGCAGCAGGUUCUCAACAGGUACAUGUCUACCCCUCUCAUCCCCACUCUCCCCACUCCCAUCAUCCCCGUGAUGCCGCCUCCUUACACCAUUGCUGCUGGCAGCGUACGAGACUGUGUCCGGCUCAGAGGCCUGCCCUACACGGCUGGGAUUGAUGACAUCCUGGAGUUCAUGGGAGAUGCUACCGUGGACAUCAAGCCGCACGGAGUCCACAUGGUCCUGAACCAACAGGGCCGUCCGUCUGGUGAUGCUUUUAUCCAGAUGAAAUCUUCCGACCGGGCUUUCCUGGUGGCCCAGAAGUGUCACAAGAAGAUGAUGAAAGACCGUUACGUGGAAGUGUUCCAGUGUUCAGGAGAGGAGAUGAAUUUUGUUUUAAUGGGUGGCACUUUAAACCGUAGUGGCUUGUCUCCGCCACCAUGUAAGUUACCAUGUCUUUCUCCGCCAACCUACGCCUUCCAGACAGCCGCCGCCGUGAUCCCAACGGAAGCGGCAAUCUAUCAGUCCCAAGCCCUCUUGCCUCAAAGCAGGACCCAGCAGGCUUCAGCAGCUGCUGCAGCUGCCGCCGUUGCCGCCGCCACUCCAACUGUUACUUACUACCCAGCUCAGGCUGCUCAGCUUUACAUGAACUACACCGCUUAUUACCCCAGCCCGCCGGUGUCCCCUACCACAGUGGGGUACAUCACAGCACCCCAAGCAGCAGUCGCGGCCGCUGCCUCAGCCACACACACUCCGAUGCUGCCCCAGCCUGGUGCUUUAGUCCGGAUGCAGGGAUUGCCCUAUAAUGCAGGAAUGAAGGAAAUCCUCAGUUUCUUCCAAGGAUAUCAGCUCCACGCAGACGCCAUCCUCCUGCUUUACAACUUUAGUGGCCAGCUCAGCGGAGAAGCCCUGGUCACUUUCCCCAGCCUGGACUCAGCGAAGAAAGCUGUGGCUGAGAGAAGUGGAUGCCUCUUGGGAAGCCACUGUGUGGAACUCUGCCUGAUCUAACCCAGGGUAGACCCUCUGCAGGGUGGGGAGGAGUUAAGAACAAGCCCCGCUCAACCCCUGUGCCUUUUUAAGAAGAGCAACGUCUUCCUUCAUCAAAGUGCCUUCGCUUCCUCCUGAUGUGCCUGAGCAACAGUCCUCACAAGUGGCUUCAACUGAGGGGGAUGGAAGUACACCCUUCCCAAACAGAAGCUGAACUUAGUGCUAGAAUGCUUGAUCUAAAGGGUGUUGCCACGAAAAUCCCCCUUCCUCACCCUUUAAUUUGAAGAUAAUCCAUAGCACUUCAGUAGUUGUAAUGACAAGGGAUGCAUUUUUUAAAUUUUUUUAUUUUAUUUCUAUAUAGCUAUCUGGAGAGGAAAAUGAAGCCUAUAGAUUUCGUUCAUAUUUUAUUUUGAAACCAAGUUUGCCAAAAAUAUCUUGUUUGUUUGUUUGGCAGAGAGGGGUGGGGUAGGUUGCCUGUGCCUUCAGCGAGGGCUUGUGGAAGGCUGUUUUCUUGGAACGUGGCUUGGCAAACAACGCUUUGGGAUGUUUAUAUUGUUUCCUUUACUUCACUACAGAACAGCUUGGAAAGCUGCAUCCAAAUGAAAUUGCAGAAGAUGCUUUUCAGUUUCUUUUUUUAAAAAAUGUGUCAUUUGUGAAGUACAACACAAGUAAGUAAAUACAAUAAAGCCAUAUCUGUCUCCUAACAUACAGGCUGUCAACCUGUAAACCAAAAAAAGGAAGCCCAAAAGUUUUUUUUUAAAUUUCACUUGGACAAGAAUGGCACAUAAACAUUGAGGACUAGUAAAUUAUAUUUUGUUUUAUUUAAGCAUCAUAGCUCUCAGAUACUGUAUUAAAGCAUUUUUGCUCUAGUGCAUGCCAUUUGUUUACAACAUUAUUCUUUAUUUGUAUAUUAUGAAGCAACCAGAGAAGUUGAAAUCUAAUCCUAAUUAGUGCAUGUCUCUCCUUUUUAUGUAUGUAUAUACAUGUUCAAAGAAUAUCGUUUUAUGUUGCGUAGAGUGUGCUGAGACAUCUACUGUAGAAGCACUAAAUGAUUUUGUUUUUACCGUGCCUUGAUCCAGGACUUUUCUCAAAACGUGCAAUAACAGCGGAGGCACCCAGAAGGAGCUCAUUUUUGCAAGAGGCUGUUGGGUACCCUGUGUAUCCAGGGUCUUUUCUUUCUUUUUUUGCUAAGAGUGUACAACUUGGAGAAGUACUUAAAGAGAGAAUCAGCCUCUUCUUCCCACCCUGAAUGAUGAUGUAUGCCUCUUUAUAUAAUAAAUAAAAAGAUGCUUGCAGGAAAAA